AUGGGUGUCUUUAAAAUUAUUACCGUGUUUGCCGUAAUUUUUGUGGUAACAACACCCUUGCCGCUAAGGACAAAACGAACAGUGACUACACUAACCGACCCAUUGGAGGAUAGUAUCGAGAAUUUGGACCAGGGAAGAUUAGCAAACAUUGAAGCAUACAGCGCUAGCGAUAAUGAUAAUAAGAGAGACUUAAGAAAUUCUGAAACGAGCUCUCGAAAUAAUCUGAGAGAAGGUUUGCUCGCAUCGAGAUAUGAAGUGAAGUUGACACCGAAUUUUGCUGACGGCACAUUUGCUGGUGUAGCAAGAAUUUCCGUUAUAUUAAACUCAGGAGUAGCAGAUCCCAUCAAAUUCCACUUCGUCGAUCUGAAGGUGGGAACUGUAAGAACAAUAACGGGAACUACCUCUACCGAAGUUACAAAUGUUAAAGUUAAUGACGGGGUUUUAGAAAUUAACACUGGAGCGGAAUUAUCGCUUUACACCUUCGAGAUUGAGUACAGCGGUACACUGGAGGGAGCUGGUAUAGGAUUCUAUAGGGGAACUUAUGAAUCUGAAACUUACGUAGCAAUGAAUCUCCAUCCGACAAAUGCUCGCCGCGUCUUCCCCUGUAUAGACGAGCCGAACGUCCAAACAACCAUCUCGUUCACCUUUGCCGGAGUUAAUACCUAUACAAAUGUUAUCGCUAAUUCUAAACGGUUAGCGACUCAACCAACGGAAGGAGAGUUACAAUUCGAACCGUUAUCCGGUGCGCCCUAUCUCUGGGGAAUGAUGGCGCAUAACUUAAGUCCUGCUAAUUUACCAGCCUCAAAUGUCGUUUUAUACACCCGCCCUACAAGGAACAGCGGUGAUCUACAAACUAGCGUGGCUAUUAACAACUACUUCAACUUCUUCAAUAAUUUCACUGCUAAACCGUAUGACUCGAUCAUUGCCAAUCAGCAAGGCGGAAUGCACAUUAUGGCUUUACCAGAUGUGGACAGGGAUUGGUAUGCGUUAUCAACGAUAGCGGUAUGGGAGCCUUACAUCGUAAUCGAAGUAUCUGCCGCAGCGCGACAAAAGCAGAUUGGGUUCGUGAAAAUCGCUGAAGCUAUGUCAAAACAGUGGUUUGGAUAUGUAUUGGGACCAAGCAAUUGGAGAUAUCAGUGGGUAAUCACUGGUCUUGGUCGUUACGCUGCUUUUGAAGCUGCUAGAAGGUUGGAGUCAAAUCCAGCAGAUGCCGCUAGAAUCGAUAUGGACGCUGCCUUCGUAACUGAUGUAAUACAAGAAAGUUUAUUGGACGAUUCAUAUACAAACGCGCUACCAUUGGAACCUGACGCUGAUCUCUUUAAUGAAAACGCGAUAAGAAAUAACAUUAACGGCUUGCAAAAAACAAAAGCGGCCGCGAUAAUGAGGAUGUUAAGUUUGGUCCUUUCUCAAAAUUCUGAGAUUGAUUAUGUUAGAAAUGCGGCUCAGACACUGUUUAAUACAGCAACACUAACGGACAUAAAUUCGAGGAAUUUCUACGACACACUUUCCACCACUUGGAACCAAGCCACAAAUCUUAUAGGGAAUUUACGUGAUUUUGUACAGCCCUGGGUCUUAAACAAUAACUAUCCAGUUAUCCGAAUAGAUCUACGACAAGGCAGCGGGGUAAUUGUAACACAGGAACGUUUCGGUUUUGCCAACCGACCUCAAAUGAAUUUCAUGAUUCCUCUUAGUUUUACAACAAGUGUCAAUCCAGAUUUCAACAAUAUCUACCCGUCACAAGUAAUGCAGACGACAGCAACGCUUACUAUGGAUCUAACUGACGAUGACUGGGUUAUUUUCAAUAUUCAGGGCCAAGGUUACUAUAGAGUGAAUUAUGAAACUGCAUUGUGGAACCGAAUCAUAUCGGCUUUAGAAGACGAGACAAGACGAAACCAGAUUCAUCCGAUUAAUCGAGCUGUACUCCUCGACGAUGCUUUGAACUUAGCAAGGUCUGGUAGAAUAGAAUACAGUAUUGCACUAAGAAUCGUGCUAACCAUGAACCUUGAGACCGAGUACGUGGUCUGGAAGGCCUUCAUGAGGAAUAUGAACAUAUUGAGGAACCAUCUUCAAUCACUCGUCGAUGACAAUGACAAUUUGGAUUCUAACAUAUAUGUGAGACUUAUAGGACGUGUGACGAACGCAGCAGAAACAAAUUUGACGUUCUCUCCUGACCCGAACCUAACCGAGCCCGCCAUGAGAUCCUUAGCCCGUGGUCUAAUCAUGGAAACAGUUUGUAAAGCCAAUUAUCAGCCCUGCGUGGCAGCUGCGGUGGACCUGUUCCGCGAUCCUAACGACGCCAAUGCAAUUAAUGGUAAUAUUCCUGCCGAUAUUCGACCAGCUGUAUAUUGCGCGAAUAUAAUGUCUGGAGGUGAAGAAGAAAGAAACCUAUUGAUAGCUCAUCUAGCGAAGAUAAACAAUCAAUACGAGAGGGUUGUUAUUCUGGAGUCAUUGGCUUGUUCUACGGAUCAGGAUUAUAUACGAAGUUAUUUAGACCAAGCUACUAUCGCUACCAGCCCCUACAACAGCGAAGAGAAGACCAGAAUCUUCAAAGCAGUUAUCGAAUCUAAUUACAAAAACGCUCGUGUUGCACUUAACUUCCUCAUACAAAAUACAGCACGGACUAUCGAAGCACUUGGAGGUCCAGAAAAGUUGGAAGAGGUUCUCUACACUUUAUCAAGAAAUUUUGCAAACGGAGGAAUGGUAACUGAGUAUAAAAAUUGGGUAAGCUCCCUCUAUAGUAACUUGGAAAGCUCUCGUCUCAUCGCCGAGAGAUAUAGGGACUUCAUUGAUCAAGAUAUGCAAUGGAACGAUGCUCACCUGAACAACAUUUACACCUGGAUAGACCAGAACGACGCACCAUCGUUUAUGCUGUCCAUGAUGUUGUUAUGCAUAUCGCUGAUGGUUGCAUUAUUUAAUCAUUAA